ACAUGGUGGGAACGAGAAGAAAGCAAUCGACGCCGUGCACAUUAUGAUCCGGUUUCCACUUGGAAGGAGAUGAAAAUCCUCAUGCGAAAAAGGUAUGUCCCUCGACAUUAUCUUCGUGAAUUGCAAUAUAGAUUUGAUAACAUCAUGCAGGAAGACAAGACAGUUAAGGGAUACUUCGAAGAAUUUGAAGAGCUCCUCAUUUACUUGAAAAUCGACGACGACGAAGAAGCUCUCAUGGCACACUUUCUCGAUGGUUUGCAAGACCAAAUAACAAGAAAGGUAGAACAAAAGGUCUAUCAUGACUUACAGGAUCUCGUGCAUUCGGCGAUUAAAAUAGAGCAACACAUGAACAAAGCACCGACAAGGAGGCACACACAAGCACAAAAACCACUAAGCAAUAGCUUUGUCAAAAUCGAAGACAAAGACAAGGCGAAGAAUCAUGAUGUUCGACACAAGGAGGACUCAACCGUAUCUUCAAAGGCGGUCACCGCCCUAGGGACCAAGAUCAUUUGGCAUGAGAAUGUCUCAACCAACGAGAAACCAUUAUCGAGGAUGACGGGGAAUCAAACUCCAUAGUUGAGGCUGUGGUAAAUCUUGAAGAGACGUAUGAGGUUAUGUCCAAGAAGGAAAUAGAGUACGUGAACGAAGAGAAAGGGGAACCGGUCGAAGAUCCCGACCUCAUGAUAAAAGAAGUACCCAAAAGUGCUGCGAAUGCAAACGGAGAGAUGCGUGGCGUCAAGAAAGAGGCAUUCGGAGGCAAGGAAAUCAUUGAGGACUCCAACAACACAAAAGUGAUGAAAAGCAAUGAAGAAGCCGAUAAAUCGGAGAAUGUGAUAGUAGGCGAGAACUUGAACGAAGUCAAAUGAGAGAUAGGAAUGAUACGAUUGGAUUGGUUUGAGCAAAUAAAAGUCACGUCCAAGAAGGAAAAUGAUGGCUUCAAGGUGGUAAGCAAACCUUCGACGAUGACGAAUGACAUCACCAACGACCGCACUUGCACCAUAAGUCAAAAACUUGGAGCAACCGAUAAUUUCAUUCCUACUUUUAUUCUUGUGUAUGAUUCAUAUUUUGAUGAGUAUGUUAUGAAUCUUGAGCAACAAAUGCGAACUUUCCAAAUGGAUUACCUAUAUAAAGUUCUCAAGGGAUGCACAUACUACACUAAUGAGGUUGUUUUUCUAGAUCUUGUUAAUUGUUCGCAAGUACUACAUUUUGAUGAAAGGGUCAAAGAAGUGCAAGAAGAGGCAACUACGUGCAUUUUCCAAGAUCAAAUUCUGCAUUCAUUACCAUCAACUCAAUGGGCACCCAAUAAGCAUGAUCACUUUAAUGCCCAUGGAACCAAAGAAGGACGCACCAUUCGAACGAGGAAAGUGUACAAAUGUGGAGAACUUGAUCCGUCCUUACGACACCACCAACACUCGAACACACAUUUGGGUCAUGU